AAACAGGAAUAAAUAGUUAAUGAAAACGGAGUAUAAGAAAGUAAUAUACAGUUUCAUUUAUGGCUUAGCAUCCAGCCAAUAUUGGCACAAGCUCUUACGGUGUGUUCAAGGUGUAAUGAAGGGAUUUCAAGGAGCAAAGAAAGUACAAAUGAACCAUCAGUAAAAGAGAGCAACCAAAUCAAUUGGCUGGGGAUGCUACACUAACUGUAGUAUCCCUUUAAUAUCUUUAGACGAUAAAGCUUUGAGCACAACAAUCCAUCACUCUUUAAAUCUUAUCAUUAACACCUUCAUAGACUGUGGUUGUUUGGUGUGCACGCAUUGGCUGUAAAGCUAGAAAAACAAGGGUUUGUCGAAGAGCAACUUGAAGAGCUACCCUCAUAGCUGGGUUAACCUACUGUGUGCUGAAGUGAAAUACUGCAGCUUACACACGCGUUUGGAUACAUUUUUCUGAGCUGAGUCAUUAAAACCAGAUGUCAGGUCUUCAGAGCCACUUUAUGAAAAUGUUGUCAUGGGGAGAGGACUGUCAGCAUGGCUUUCGGUUGAGAGAGGGCUCGAAUAUUUCAACAGUUGAUGGAGUUCACUUUUUAAACCUCAGUUAUUACAUCAAGGACCUGUCAGCAGGUCACAGCGUGCUUGCCUUCAUUAAAACCAAUGGAGAUGCCUUCAUCAUUCACACAAGCGAGAGCAACAACAGAGAAAGAGUCUGGAGGAAACAGAAGUUUGUGAACUGCAAUGAGAAGAUUCAAGCUGUAAGUUGUGGUGAUGAUGUAGUCACAUUACUGUCUGAGAGAGGCACAGUUUUCUGUGUAGACACAACGCACACUCCUUUCACUCCAAGCCCUCCUAAAGUUUUGUGUAACACACCAGUUUCUCAGGUUGCUUGUGGGAGCCAACAUUCAGUUGCCUUGACCAAAGAUGGUCUGGUGUACACAUGGGGUCUGGACUCACGGGGCCAGCUGGGUCUGGGAAACAGGAGGUGCAGCACCAGUUCACCACAACACCUCCAGUCUUUGUCAGUGAUCCCCCUGGUUCAGAUCGCUGCAGGAGGAGAACAGAGCUACGCACUCUCUGUGUCUGGAGGUGUGUUUGGCUGGGGCAGAAAUGACUGUGGACAACUGGGGCUGGGAGACAAAACAGACAGAUGCAAACCAACAGCUGUUCGUUAUCUGAACAGGAAGAAAACUAUUUACAUUUCCUGUGGAAAGGACCACUCUGCCAUUUUGACAAAGGAUGGUGCAGUGUUUACAUUUGGCUCUGGUCACUAUGGACAGCUGGGACACAACUCAGUCUGUGAUGAACUACGUCCACGGCUUGUUGCAGAGCUCUGGGGUGCAAAGGUCACCAGGAUUGCAUGUGGACGACAUCACACGUUAGUGUUGACAGACUCUGAGAGGGUCUACUCCUUUGGGAAUGGUGAACAAGGGCAGCUGGGACACAGAGAGGAGAGUCAUUCAUCUGUGCCGCUACGUGUUCAGCUGCCACUGGACAGCAGUGAUGGUCCCAAAAUUAUAAACAUCUAUGCAGGAGGAAACUGCUCUUUUGCAGCGUGCACGUCUAAUGAGAACAUUCACCAGGGGUCAAACACUGACAUUAUGAACCGUGUAACACAGAACUCAGUUGAUGAUAUGAUUGACAAAUGGCUUUCUAACUGUGAUAUAAAAUUCAGUAAACAGAUGAAACUGGAAAUACAGAGGAUGUUUUCCUCUGCAUCCUGUGUGAAUCAAAGCUUCCUGGAUCAAAGCAAAGAUAAACAUUUCCAGACCUCACCCAAGUAUUCUGGCCUGAAUUUAUCUUUUGCACAAAAGAAACUGGAGGAACUUGUGAAGAAGGAUGAUGUGUAUGAGGAGGUUGAGGCUGCUGUUCUGAAAUUGCUCCCCUCUCUUGUUGCGACACCAGUGGGAGUGGAGGGGCUGAGGGUCUACCUGCUUCUCAGUGAGCUUCUGCAUGUGGUCCAGAAACACAAAAGGCAACAGAACACAAAGCUUGCAGAGGCAGUCGCUGCUGCCAUACUCAGCUUGUCUGAGGAGAGUCUCCAGGUCAUAGGGGACUGGUGGUGCUCACUGCUGCCCUCCACCAUGAUUAAGCAUGUUAAGGUGUGGAAGCAGGCCCUCUCAGUGAUCCUGCCCUCUGGGCCUCGUACCUCUGCAGAUAACAUUAGAGUCAGAAACCUGCUACUAGUCCUCCAACAUAUGUACAAUGCCAACAACAGGAUUGUAGGACUUCAGAGAAUUCCUGAAAAAACAUAUUGUGUGGAAAUUCGCCAAGAAUUUCUUCAAGAGGAUCUGAGACUUUGGCACUCACAGGAUAAGAAUGAUCAGCCGCUUAUCCUAUUUAAGUUCCCAUUUGUGAUGGAUCUAAAAUCAAAGAAAAUGGCUUUUGACAUGUAUUCUUUGUACAUUCAGCGUGAACAGGCACAACCAAAGAUGACUUGGCUUCAUGGAUGGAAGCAAGAAUAUUUUGAACUGAAGUUGAAGCGAGAGUCACUUUUAAAGGAUACCUUCAAACAGCUUGGCUCAGCUGCUGCUCAUCCCAGUGCCUUCAAGAAGCCACUUGUGGUCUAUUUUGAUGAGGACCCAAAGGUCACAGAUGUCUACAAAAGAGACCUGUUUCACUAUUUGUUUCGUGACAUGGUGUCAACAAAAUCUGGGAUGUUCAUGUUUAAUGACUCCAAAACACUGGCAUGGUUCCCUUCCAGAGCAACAAAGAAGGACAAGAGAAAUUUCUUCCUGUUUGGGUUUCUGUGCGGACUAGCCUUGUACAACCAGUGCAUCCUUAACUUACCCUUCCCACUGGCUCUGUUCAAGAAGCUGCUCGAUGAGAAGCCUUCACUAGAGGAUAUGAUGGAAUUCAAUCCAUGUGAAGGACGGAAUCUACAGUGCAUCUUGGACUAUGAAGAUGAUGUUCUAGAGAACCUGUGUAUGUGUUUUGAGAUGAACUGGGAUGAGAUGAAGGUUGACCUUGAUCCCCACAAUCCUGGAAAACUAGUGACAAGUGAAAAUAAGAAGGAGUUUGUGAAUGCUUACGUGAAUCACGCCUUCAACACAUCAGUGGAGGGUGUGUUCCGGGAGUUCAAGCGAGGCUUCUUCCAGGUGUGUGACCGGGAGUUGGUGAAGCUGUUCCGGCCAGAGGAGCUGCAGGGAGUGCUGGUGGGCAAGGAUGUCUAUGACUGGGCAAAGCUGAAACAGAAAACUGUUUAUAUUUGGGAGUACCAUGAUUUCCACCCCACCAUACAGAUGUUCUGGGAGGUUUUUGAGGAACUAACUGAAGAACAGAAGAAAGAUUUCUUUAGGUUCCUGACUGGUUUUAGGAAGGUUCCUAUUCUUGGAAUGGACCAGAUCCAGAUGAAGGUUCGGCCUAAACUAACUGAGAAUGGCUCCCAUGAUCAGCACUUCCCUGAGUCUCUGACAUGCCACUCUAUUCUGGAGCUGCCCUUAUAUUCAACCAAGGGUAUCAUGCAGGACAGACUGAUAGAGGCUCUAAAACCAGAGAGAGGAUUUGUCAGUCUGUGAAGGUGGAUCAUCUGCUACAGAACAGGAGCAUGUCCUGUGUCUGUGCUGGGAAGGUGUGUGUCUGAUUUCUUUUUUAGGAUCACCUUUCCUGUGCUACCUCAGGCUAAAAACAAAAGCACUGUACAGAGUACACAUAUAGCUUGACUUGUAAGAGUACACUUUAAAAAGAGUGACCAAAGAGCAGCAUCUUCAGUCCAAUAGCUCUACUGUAUAACCUCAUAGCUGAAGGCAUUUUAACUGAAUAAUUUAUGAAUAUAAUAUUUUAUUUAGUUUUAUAUCUUCUCAGAAAUUAAGUAACAUUUUUAGUGCAUUUUACUUAGGACAAAUUUAACCAAACAAAAUAAGUGCAAUUGCCAGUUUACUAUGUACACUUUACUAAAUCUAACAGUCUUAUGUAACACUCCUGUAAUAUCUCUGAUCUCUGAUCAGUGUUCUUUCUGAUUCUGUGGGGGGAGAUAUCAGUUCAACUUUAUGGUGAGUUUUGAGUUUGCAGUUUGUGGUUCUGUUGUAUGAUAUAUUGAGUAGUAAAUGGGAACUGGGGCAAAAUAUUAUUUUUUAUUACAGUCAUUUAAGUUAAAAGUGGUAUGUAAAUCAGAUGCAAGUUUAAGUAAUUUAUGUUGCAUUUUGGGGUGCUGUUGUUUUGCCUUGUAUGUAACUGUGGUCUUGAGUCAAUAAAACAAUCAGACAUCAAAA